UUACGAAUUAUCCCACUAAUUCGGAGAUGCAGACGUACUUGGAAUUAUUUAUUCACGGCGUCAGACCAUAAUGCAUCAAUGCUUUGCUUGAGCAGGAAUUGCCCUUCAAGAUUGAGCAAACUCGGGCUGGUGCAGCACCAUCUACAGUAUGGUGCACAUCUUUUCAAAAUAACCUUUUGUUGAUGUUCCUCAAUUACCAUCAGCACUUGGAUAUGGUGUACACGGACUUAUCGUCAUUUAUAAAGGAGGAUGAUAAGAUGAUGCAGUUUUUGGCAGCUCACAAAGCUGCCAACUUGUCGGUAGACGACGUCAUCGAUUAUCUUGGAGCAGACCGUUUAAAUGGGCUAGAUGAGAGCAGAGCAGAGAGACGAUUACUCGUCCAUGGUCCCAACGAAUUUGAGAUCAGUAAGGAGGAACCCUUAUGGAGAAAGUACUUGGGCCAGUUCAAAGAUCCUCUGAUCAUGCUGUUGCUGGUAUCGGCUGUGGUUUCCGUGGUGAUGGGCCAGUUUGAUGAUGCUUUCAGCAUCACCAUGGCUAUCACGAUUGUUGUGACUGUAGCAUUUGUUCAGGAAUAUCGCUCUGAAAAGUCUCUUGAAAAAUUGAGCAAUAUGGUGCCACCUAUAUGUCGCUGCAUAAGAGACGGCCAGGUGAAGGAGUUCUUGGCGAGGUCAUUGACCCCUGGUGACCUUGUUCAGCUGUCCAUCGGUGACAGGGUUCCUGCAGAUAUGAGGCUGAUUGAGGCCAUUGACCUUGCCGUGGAUGAAUCCAGUUUCACUGGCGAGACCAAGCCCAGCAACAAGACCACACAGAUUGUAACCAAAGAGAAAAACGGGAAGAGAACCACAAUGAAAAAUAUUGCCUACAUGGGAACACUUGUCCGAAAUGGGCAUGGGAAGGGUAUUGUUAUAGGGACAGGGGAAAAUUCAGAAUUUGGAGAUAUUUUCAAGAUGAUGAAAGCUGAAGAGGCACCCAAAACACCAUUACAGAAGAGCAUGGAUAGUUUAGGAAAACAGCUCUCCUUCUACUCCUUCUGUAUUAUUGGAUUUAUCAUGUUCUUGGGAUGGUUACAAAACAGAAAACUGCUGGAUAUGUUUACCAUUGGUGUCAGUCUUGCAGUCGCAGCCAUUCCAGAAGGCCUGCCCAUUGUUGUCACGGUAACCCUUGCCCUUGGAGUGAUGCGCAUGGCUAAACGAAGUGCAAUAGUCAAGAAGCUACCAAUUGUAGAAACAUUAGGUUGUGUGAAUGUCAUUUGUUCUGAUAAGACUGGAACUCUAACUAAGAACGAGAUGACGGCCUUAGUGAUCCACACCUCUGAUGGCAUACGAGCUGAGGUGACUGGUGUUGGCUACAAUGGUGAUGGGAUGGUCUUAGUAGAUAAUAUACCUGUAUUGGGUUACCAAGAUCCCUCUAUAGCUAGAGUAGUAGAGGCGUCAUGUGUAUGCAAUAAUUCUGAGAUCCGAGACAAUGUUUUAUAUGGACAGCCAACAGAGGGAGCCCUACUUGCCUUAGCAAUGAAAAUGCAACUACACCACUCUCGGAGUCGAUACACCAGACUUUCAGAGACCCCAUUCAAUUCAGAAACAAAGUGGAUGGCAGUCCGCUGUCGACCUCAUGACCCCACCCCUAACCAGCUGCCUAGCAAUGAGGAGAUUUUCUUUGUGAAGGGGGCCCUGGAGCGGGUUCUAGGGAAAUGUCGAACUUAUAAUGUGGAGAACAGAUCUGAGCCUCUGAAUAAACAGAAGAUUGAGGAUAUUAAAGAGGAAGGCCGUCAAAUGGGUGUGGCUGGACUAAGAGUUCUUGGGAUGGCUGUCGGCACAGGAAUGGAGAACAUGACUUACCUUGGCAUGGUUGGAAUCUUAGACCCUCCUCGACCCGGUGUAAGGGAGGCCAUCAUCACACAGGUCAGCAGUGGUGUAGCACUCAAGAUGGUCACCGGGGACUCCGCUGAAACGGCCAUUGCUGUCGGUAGCAGACUGGGUCUGUAUGCCAAAGGUUCUACAGCAUUGUCCGGUGAAGAAGUAGAAAGCAUGGAAUUCAUGGAAUUGACCAGGAUAAUCAAUCAGGUUUCAGUUUUCUAUAGAGCCAGUCCUCGACAUAAACUGAAAAUUGUCAAGGCAUUACAGGCUACUGGAGCUGUUGUUGGUAUGACUGGUGAUGGUGUCAACGAUGCCGUGGCUCUCAAGACUGCAGACAUCGGUAUCGCCAUGGGGAUAACAGGAACCGACGUCAGCAAGGAAGCAGCGGACAUGAUCCUUGUUGAUGAUGACUUCACCACCAUCCUAUCAGCCAUUGAGGAGGGAAAAGCCAUCUUCUACAAUAUCAAGAACUUUGUUCGAUUUCAGUUGAGCACGAGUAUUGCUGCUCUCACCUUAAUUGCCUUAUCAACCAUGCUAAGCUUUCCAAACCCAUUGAAUGCCAUGCAGAUUCUUUGGAUUAAUAUCAUCAUGGAUGGACCACCUGCACAAAGUCUUGGAGUGGAGCCUGUUGACAAGGAUGUAAUCCGGAAACCACCUCGCCAGGUGCGAGACCCUAUGAUCACCCGAUCCCUGCUGAUCAAUGUCAUCAUGUCUGCUACUAUCAUAGUACUUGGUACCCUAUGGGUGUUCUGGAGAGAGAUGCAAGACAACAUCAUCACACCUCGUGACACCACCAUGACUUUCACCUGCUUUGUUUUCUUUGAUAUGUUCAAUGCCCUCGGCAGUCGAUCUCAGACCAAAAGUAUAUUCAGUGUUGGUUUCUUCACUAACCGAAUGUUCCUGUAUGCAGUCGGAGGGUCAAUCAUGGGUCAGCUACUUGUCAUCUAUUUCCCUCCACUUCAAAAGAUAUUUCAGACAGAAGCAUUGACGAUACACGAUAUUGGCUUUUUGGUGAUGCUGACUUCAUCGGUGUUCAUUGUCUCUGAGAUGAAAAAAUGGGUUCAACGGAGACUGGAGAAAAAGCGAACCCUGCCCGAGCCAUGCGACUUUGAAUAUGUCUGACUGCAAUCUUUCGCUGUGUGUGCCCAAUGUAUAGUUUAAUUGUGUGUGCAUGUGCUUUUCAGUAUAACACUUGAAUCCUCUUUCUUUUGAUUAGAAUAAAUUAAAUCUGUAAGUGUUCCAUUGCAAACAUUAAUCU